UCCACAUUGCCACUACAUCACCAUAAUGGUACGGUACCGUAAACUUAGUGUUGCACUAUUACUCUACACUACUAUACUAUGUAUAACCGAGGUGUUCUAUGAUGUCACUGCAGAUGAGACUACCGCUGUCCAGGAUACAGUACCUGGUACUCCAGAGUCACCUAAUAGCUCCACUACAGCUGACCUAGACCGGCCUGAAGAUAUUGAGGAAUCUACAUCACGCACUGCUGAAUCCCAAGGGUUCUACCAAAGAUACAAGCAGUUUGUGGUCAAGCAUAACAAGACAUUUACCAUUGUCCUUGGGGUACUGAGUGGCUUGUUGCUUGUUGGUGCUCUUGUGGCCUGCUGCGUUAAAGGAGGUGAAAUGAAAGAGUACGUAGCAUUCUUAAUAAUACCCAUAGUAUUUUGGAUGGGUUUAUUUGGGUACAUGGUCUACAAGUUAUAUGGAAACAAGGUGAUGGCUUUCUUUAAAAACAAAAAGGCAGCUGUAGUGAAGAGUACUGUGGAUUCCACUGGGUAGUUAUGGAGAGACUGCGGACACCAAU